AUGUACGAGCUCGUGCGCACCGAGGGCUUCGGGCAGAGCGAGGCCGGCGAGGAGAAGCUCACCGACACAGAGCACCGCGCGCUGGUGCGGGCACGCGAGAAGCUCACCUUCGCCUGGGUCAUGAACUCGGGAAUCAUGGCGCCGAAGGUGCCGAGACCCAGCGACGGUCGGCAUGGAUAUCUCAACUGUGUGGAAAGCACCAGGCUGGGCGAUAGCAAGUACUGCGAGGUCAUCCGAGAGGCGAAGAUCAUCGAGCAAUAUAUGAACGACGCCAUCUGCGGGUUCAAGGCUUUGAUUGAUAUCGACUGGGAGAAACAUGGAUUCUGCCAGAAGUGCGCAGAUGACAGGAGAUCGGCCUGGAGAGAGCUCCGAGAGAAGGAGUGGCUUAACCUCGAUGAAUAUUUGUCGGAAUUGAGUUAA